AAAAAAAAAAAGUUACCCUCGACAUCCCCCUCCUCCCUCCCUUGUCCUCCUUGAUAGAAAAACGGCUCAAGUCGUAUCUCCCCAACAGCCAACUCCCGGAUCCAUAAGCGACGUGAUCUAGUCUGGGAUCCGCUCGCACUAAAUUGCUACAUACGGAGACUCUCGGGCUAGUCCGAUCCUAGGCCUAUCACUUCUUUUCCUCGAGCUCUUACUUACACCAGCAGCUGCUCCACCUCGAGUGUUGGUCAAUUGUAGACAUUGCAAGAUGUCGGCUCCUCACCUCAAUGAGGCCAUCGACUUCGAAUUAGGAACAACCGCAGCCAACACAACCAACCACGACCCCCUCAAAAUGCCCAAAUUCGAGGAAGCCGGGACCAGUACCGUCAUGGACUCCGUCCCCGCCUACGCAACCGGCGAAAUCGCCUCCGAAGGCGAAUCAUCCCUCAAACCCAUCGACGACGGCCAAUACCAUGACAAAUUCCGCCGCCUAGGCUGGGUCCGUUUAACGAUUUGCCUAAUCGUCGAGGCGAUUGCAUUGGGGUCCUUAUCCAUUCCGCAGGCAUUCGCAACAGUAGGCAUGGUCGCUGGUGUAAUUCUAAGUAUCGGAAUCGGCCUAAUCGCAAUCUACACCUCCUACGUCGUCGGCCAAGUCAAACUCAAAUACCCACACAUCGACCACUACGCAGACGCCGUGCGCCUCAUUUGGGGCCGGUUCGGGUAUGAGUUGACAGGGUUUAUGUUUGUGUGUCAGCUUGUGUUGUUGUUGGGUUCGCAUGCACUUACGGGGACGAUUGCGUUUGUGAGGAUUGUUGAGAGGGAGGGGGUUUGUGCGUUGGUUUGGGGUGUCGUAUCUGCUGUUGUUUUGUUUUUGCUGGCUAUACCGCCGACGUUCACGGAGUUUGCGAUUUUGGGGUACAUCGAUUUCGCAUCGAUUAUCUGCGCAAUCGGGAUCACCAUCAUCGCAACAGGCAUCGAAGCCACAUCCCAAGUCGGUGGACUCCCAGCCGUCGACUGGUCCGUAUGGCCUCCGGACGAUAUAUCCUUCUCGUCAGCCUUCUUGGCUGUGACGAAUAUUAUCUUUGCCUACAGUUUCGCCGUGUGUCAGUUUUCGUUCAUGUCAGAGCUCCAUACACCAAAAGACUACGUCAAAUCAAUCUGGGCACUCGGUGUGAUCGAGAUCGUGAUUUACACCGUCACCGGCGCUCUCGUUUACGCUUUCGUCGGGUCUGGUGUCGCUUCGCCUGCGUUGCUCUCGGCUGGGUCAACAGUCUCCCGUAUCGCUUUCGGAAUCGCGCUGCCUGUCAUCUUUAUCUCGGGUUCAAUCAACGCAACCGUAGCGGGGCGGUACAUCAUCUCCCGCGCCUUCCCCAACUCCACAAUCCGCUACAUAUCAACCCCACGCGGUUGGACAAUCUGGAUCCUCCUCCUCCUCGCCCAAAUCAUCCUCGCCUUCAUCAUCGCCGAAGCGAUCCCAUUCUUCUCAGACCUCUUGGGUAUCAUGUCUUCCCUCUUCAUCUCGGGCUUCACGUUUUACUUCCCGGCGUUGUUUUGGUUUAUGUUGAUUAAGGAGGGGAAGUGGUAUAGGGGCUGGAGGAAUUUGGGGUUGAGUGUGGUUAAUGGGGGGUGUUUUUUGAUUGGGGUUGCGUGUGUGGGAUGUGGGACUUAUGCUAGUGUGAAGGAUAUUGUUGAGCAGUAUAAUAGUGGGUCGGUGAGGGAUCCGUUUACGUGUGAUUCAAAGUCGUAUGGAUAGACGGGGGGCGUGAGGGAGAUCUAGAGGGGAUCUGGAGAGGACGAUAGAAAAGAGUUGCAUUUGAGCGUUCUGUGUUUAUGGCUACCCCUGUU